AUGAACACAAUAAAUGAGCUGAAAGUUAAGAUUUACGAAAAGACUGGUCAGUCACCAAGCGAUCAACUUUUGUAUUAUAACGAUCGGCUGCUCUACGAAACGGAUACUCUCGAAUCAGCUCGUAUUGAUCCCAGGGAGUUAAUAGAAGCUCCACUUAUUUUAAUUACUCAGUCAGUAAGUGAUAAUACCGAUGUUUCACGAGAGCUAGAAAAAGGUUUUGCGAAUACAGCGCUUUCUCAUUGGUAA